AUGGAACGCGAAACGUUGAGGCUCCAAGCGGAGAAGGCGCGCCAUUCCAAUGCCAGAAAACCGGUGGUAAAUUCUUCGUCGGUCAGUCGUCGCUGCGCCAAGCCGAUUUUCGGGCCGCCGAUUAAAUUGAACAAGGGAGUGGUGUUGAUCUUCGCGCACUAUCUGGCAUCAGAGAAGAGUACGCCGUUCGACCAGUUCCUCGGCUCGGUGUUGCUGUGA